UGUCACGGAUUCUCAGAGUUCCAGUGUUAUGUUGCAAUUUUGAUUACUGUUUUUAAGCUAAAAGCUGCUGAGGUGAAAAAAAAACUCUUAUUCUGCUCUAUCCCUGAGCUGGGAUGAGCUUUGAAGACCCGAGUUCUUAAAGCUUGAGUCUUAUGGACUUGCUCAUAAGAGCUAACAAAGAGCUCGAGACGUUAAUGUCCUGAACCCUUAUUAGAGCUCAAACCUUCAAUGCUCGAGUCUUAGAGUUCAAGUCAUCAAGGCUAGUCUUCUAACAACACUAUUUACAAGACUGGUUUAAAUGAACUUGUCCUUAAGUGUUAAUUUGUUAAAUACUUCAAAACGUGGCCUUCACUAGUCAGUCGGCGAUUGGUUCUUGAAUUAAAUAGACAAAUAUUCUGAAAUAAAUAAUAUUUUGAAUAUUUUUCAACAUGAGCGUAACCGUUAUUGAGAAGUUACCGGUACUUGGCUUUUUUAAAGUGAAGCCCGAUCAAUUAUAUGAAGUGAGAAAAUUGUUUAAUUUGGAGAAACCUGAAAGGAUAAAGGAAGCCAUACAGUUACUGAAAGAUUGGUUGGAAAAGCAGGACUAUUUCAACAUGAAGGAUUAUCCUGACGAAUACUUGGAAAGGCUUUUAAUUCUCAACAAAGGGUCGGUGGAGCGCGCCAAAUCAUGCUUCGAUAAGUUAUGUACGUUUAGAACGAUUUGGCCUCAGUACUUCACCGCAGUUGACAUCAAUUCCUUCAGAGAAUAUUUUAAAGUAUUUAAUAGCAUAGCACUGCCGGGCGUGACACCCGAGUAUGCCAGAGUAAACUUAUUUAAAAUAAACAGCAAUGUACCAUUGGGUGCCGAACUUAUCAAGGAAUACAUCAAGUACUCAAUUAUUCUAUGCGAGUACAUGAAAAAGUACGAUUAUCCAAAUGGAUUUGUUAUUAUGUUAGAUUACCGAGAUGUUAACCUGUUAGAUUUGCUCGCAAUUCUAAGCCCUUCCCAACUUCAGCAGAUGGUACAUUUGUACAUGGGAGGAUUUGGGAUGCGAAUUCAGGGUGUUCAUCUAAUAACGAAAUCGAAGGUAUCAGAUGCACUAGUGUCGCUCGCAAAGCAAGUGGUGAGCAAGAAACUCGCAGACAGGGUGCACGUUCAUCGGAGCUUGGAAACACUAUAUGACUUCAUUCCUAAAAAGAUCUUGCCGGCAGAAUACGGUGGUGAUGGCGAGCCUUUUGAUGUAAUGAUGGAAAAUUUCUUGAAGGAGCUCGGUUCCAAGGAGCAUAUAGAAUACAUGAAGGAGACCCAAAAAGCGACGGUUGACCUGUCCAAAAAGCCAAAAGAUGGCUCCAUGGACGACUACAUGGGUAUAUCAGGUUCCUUUAGGACUUUGAGCGUCGACUAAGGGUGCAAACUGAGUGGACGCUCCAGUGGCGGCAACGAGUGGGGCGUUUGAAAAACAUGCAAACAUAUGCGAGUGGCCUCAUAGCACGCUGCUCAAAUACCUUGGAUGCUCGACGCAACGCUGCUCGUGCCACCAUAUCGCCGCUGGUCGCUCGCCACGGAUAUUUUAAUAACUUAUUUAGACAAUUUUGAAAGAUCCGUGACAUGCUCAGCAGUUCACAUAGAACCUGUUCGAACUAUAGAAAAAACAUCUUUUAAGAUCAGGUUUAAUCAUAAAAUAUAAAAAUCACUCCACACCUAACAGAUUCAUAUAUAUCAUAUCAUUAUUCGUUAGAUAUUUUAUCAGUAAAAUAUAAGAACAGAUGAGAUGAGAUGAGAUGAGAUGAGAUAGAGGGUUCUUUAAUAAUGAUUUCCAAUAGCUAGGAAGAACAAUGUAAAAACUAGUUAAAGAAAUGAAAAUAAACACAAUAUGAUUAUGAUAUAUUUGUGAUAAAUUCAGGAUUAUUUAAAUAGGACGGUUCAAAUGAUUGUAUUUAUUUGUUAUAUUUAGAUGAAUUGCAUUGUAACUAUAUGAAUUAUUUUAAAUAACUAAACACAAUAAAUUCUUUAAAUUCAGAAGCAUAACGAGUAAAAUUAUUUUCGACAAACCAUAAAAUACCUAUAAGUUAAUGGUUACUACACGAUUUCGAGAAGACUAAAUACUUCUCUGUUACAUUUUUUGAUUUUUUAAAUCAAGGUAUUCUACGAAAUUAAAUGAUGAUAAAUAUUUUUUUUACACGAUUUUAGGUAAAAUAGUCUUAAAAUAAUCUGAAACUAAUUCAAUAUGUAAUAAUCAAUUUAUUAAGAGCCCACUGUGUGUCACUGCUGGGUAAAGACAAAGAGCGACCCUUUCUUUUUCCACUCUUCGAUUUGGUGCAAAUUUUGGCCAGUCUCUCAAAAAAAAGUCUAAGUUAUCCCGACAUCGCCGACGAGGUCUGCCAUGCCGACUCCUCGGCUCGACUUGUGGGGCUUCAGGAGCCGGAUCUGUUCCGUGUUCAUUGUAACUCACAAUCUCAUCCGGCAUUCGGCAUUGCGGCAGACAUACGGCCUGAUUUGGACUUUAAAUAAAUAUUAAAUAAAGAUUAUAGGACAUUAUUACACAAAUUGACUAAGUCCCACAGUAAGCUCAAUAAGGCUUGUGUUGUAGGUACCUAGACAACGAUAUAUAUAAUAUAUAAUUAUAAAUACUUAAAUACAUAGAAAACACCCAUGACUCAGAAACAAAUAUCCGUGUUCAUCACACAAAUAUUAUGCUCUUACCAGGAUUUGAACCCGGGACCAUCAGCUUCAUAGGCAGGGUCACUACCCACUAGGCCAGACUGGUCGUCAAAUAUCGUAACGUCAAAUAUUAGGUGUAUGUAGAUAAAUGUUUUUCUUCGAAGAAACGUUAUUUCAGCUUGUUUUAAAAUGACAGCGUAGCUUAGAUUGCAUGGAAGCGGCAUAAGUUAACAACAUAAUUAUAUCGUAGGUAUUUAACAGAUGAACUUUAUAUUUCACGCAAUUAUUUUAAUUUAAAUGAUCCGUAUGCUGCCAUUGCCGCCAACCUGUUUUAUUGCACGUGGAAUGAUUUUGCACUGCACCAUAUCUAAAUGACACAAUACAAGUCAUUUAAAUUUAAAAACAAGACAAGUAACUAUAAAAAUAAACUAUAAAA